AUGGCUUAUCCGAGAGAUCCGAACACUUUGAGCAACUACCAUAUUUGGCGCUCCACUCAUAUCACCGCCAAUUUCGGUAUUUGGUUCGAGCAUAAGAAAUUGGUCGGAAAUGUCGUGCACAAAUUCACCUCUCUCACUGAUGCUCAGUCUCGGGAGAUCAUUCUAGAUACUCGUUUUCUAGAUAUUGCCACUGUGAAAGUGGAUGGCCAGCAUGUCAAGUGGGAAUUGCUCCCCACGCUGGAACCCUUCGGGACCCCACUGAAGAUCACUUUGGACCAAGGUGUCCAGCAGAAUGAAACUGUCGAAGUCAAUAUCGAGUUGGAAACCACCGAGAAAUGUACCGCUCUCCAAUGGUUGACUCCGGCCCAAACUUCCAACAAGAAGCACCCGUAUAUGUUCUCGCAAUGCCAGGCUAUUCACGCCCGGUCUAUUUUCCCUUGCCAGGAUACCCCGGAUGUCAAGAGCACCGUGGACUUUAGCAUCACCUCACCUCUCCCUGUCAUGACCAGUGGUCUGCCAACUGGAUCGGAGGAGGUCAAGGACUCGCUGUUUGGUCCUGGCUCUAAGGUGUACCGAUUCAACCAGUCGGUCCCAAUUCCCAGCUACCUGUUCGCAAUUGCCAGCGGAGAUGUCUCCCAAGCCCCCAUCGGUCCCCGUAGUGUUGUGGCUACCAGUCCAGACAAGCUGGAUGAAUGCAAGUGGGAGCUGGAAAACGAUACCGAGAACUUUAUCACCACCAUUGAGAAAAUCGUCUACCCCUAUGCCUGGGGUCAGUACAAUGUGCUGAUUCUGCCCCCGAGCUUCCCGUACGGUGGCAUGGAGAACCCGAUCUUCACCUUUGCAACCCCCAGUAUCAUCUCUAAGGAUCGCGAGAAUAUCGAUGUCAUUGCUCACGAGCUGGCUCACAGCUGGAGUGGAAACCUGGUGACCAACUGCUCUUGGGAACACUUCUGGCUGAACGAAGGCUGGACUGUGUAUCUGGAGCGACGAAUUCUGGCCGCAAUUCACGGUGAAUCCUACCGCCAUUUCUCCGCCAUUAUCGGCUGGAAGUCUUUGACCGAUUCCGUGGAACACUUCGGUGAGGACCACGAUUUCACCAAGUUGAUCACCAACCUGGAGGGGAAGGAUCCCGACGAUGCUUUCUCCAGCGUCCCUUACGAGAAGGGAUUCAACUUUUUAUUCCACCUUGAGAACCUUGUGGGCAAGCCCAAGUUCGACAAGUUCAUUCCUCACUACUUCACCGUCUUCAAGGGCAAGUCCCUUGACUCGUUUGAGUUCAAGGCUACUAUCCUGAGCUUCUUCGAGUCCGAUGCCGAGGCAUCUAAGCUUCUGAACGAGUUGGACUGGAACAAGUGGUUCUAUGCCCCCGGUCUGCCUCCUAAGCCCCAGUUCGACACAUCUCUCGUCGAUGUAGUGUACGAGCUUGCGAAGAAAUGGGAGACCCUCCCCGACUCCUCCUUUAAGCCCCAGAAAAGCGAUCUGGAAGGCUUGACCGCCAACCAAGUUGUCGUGUUCCUUGAGCAGAUCCUCCGAUGGGACCAGCCUCUGCGCCCAGAACUGUCCAAGUUGAUGGGUGAUGUUUAUGGACUUGCGAAGAGCGAGAAUAUCGAGGUAUCCAACUUGUAUCUUCAGGUCGGUAUGAAGGCUGGUGAUGAGAGUGUCAUUGAACACACUACUGAACUGCUGGGCCGAAUUGGAAGAAUGAAAUUCGUGCGACCCUUGUACCGCAAUCUUCAGAAGGUAAACCGCCCAGUUGCUCUGGCCACCUUUGAAAAGUAUAAGGAAUUUUACCACCCUAUCUGUCGGGCUAUGGUUGAAAAGGAUCUGUUUGGCAAGAAGGAGAACUAG